UAGAAAAAGAAAAUAUCUUCAUCAUAUCAAUAAUAAUAACAACAACAACAUUAAUAUACAAUUCCAUGGUUGAGUUGAGGUUGUUUAGGAUAUCUUCAUUAAUAAUGUUGUUGGGUUGUGUUUUGGUAGUGGUGAUUACGGCGGCGGCGGCAGUUCCCGGGAAGAAUGUUAGUACAUACGAGGGAAGGAGGGGGGGAAUUGGAAUGGUGCCAGCCAUGUUCAUAUUUGGAGACUCUCUAAUUGAUAAUGGGAAUAAUAACAAUCUUCCUACGUUUGCAAGAGCUAACUAUUUCCCUUAUGGUAUUGAUUUUCCCCAAGGUCCAACUGGUCGUUUCUCCAAUGGUUACACUAUUGUUGAUGAAAUAGCGGAAUUGCUGGGGCUUCCUUUAAUUCCUCCAAGCACAUCUCCAGCAACUGGAGCGAUGCGGGGACUAAAUUAUGCCUCUGCAGCUUCUGGAAUCCUUGAUAUCACCGGAAGAAACUUUAUCGGCCGCAUACCCUUCAAUCAACAGAUAAGGAACUUCGAGAACACGCUGGAUCAAAUAACUGGCAAUCUUGGCGCCGCCAUGGUGGCUCCAGUGGUGGCUCGCUGCAUAUUCUUCGUCGGAAUGGGUAGUAACGACUACCUUAACAACUAUUUAAUGCCUAAUUAUCCCACUAGAAGCCAGUACAAUAGCCGCCAAUUCGCCAAUCUCUUGAUCCAACAGUAUACUCAGCAGCUCACCAGGCUUUACAACCUUGGAGGUCGGAAGUUCAUAAUCCCAGGGAUUGGAACAAUGGGGUGCAUUCCUAACAUAUUAGCUCGGAGUUCCGAUGGAAGAUGCUCAGAAGAAGUAAACCAACUGAGCCGAGAUUUCAAUGCAAACGUCAGAACCAUGAUUGCAAACCUUAAUGCCAAUCUUCCUGGUUCAAGAUUCACAUACCUCGAUAUUGCUCGCAUGAACCAAGAUAUCCUUGCAAACCCAGCAGCUUAUGGAUUCAGAGUGGUGGAUCGUGGGUGCUGUGGGAUUGGGAGGAACAGAGGACAAAUAACAUGUCUUCCAUUUCAAAUGCCAUGUCUAAAUAGAGAAGAGUAUGUGUUUUGGGAUGCAUUCCAUCCAACUCAAAGAGUGAAUAUCAUCAUGGCAAGAAGGGCUUUCAAUGGUGACUUUUCUGUUGCUUACCCUUUCAACAUACAACAGCUUGCCACUCUUGAUCUCUGAUUAACUGCAACCCCUUCAUUAUAAAUAUAUAUACAUACAUAUAAAUAUGCGUGUGCGCGCAAUUAGAUGAAGAGGAAAUAGAGAUAAGAGGCUUGAAUAAUUUUAGCUCUUGUGUGUUGGUUUGAUGCAAAAUAUCUACUUGGUUUGGCUGUUUUUUCUUUUCUUUCCUUUUUUAGUGUUAAAUGUAAAUACACAUAUAUAGAUUAUGUUCUCUGAAUGCUACUUUUAUUUUUGUAAUUUCUUUA